AUGCCGUCGUCGCGCUCCAGCAGAACACACAGCUUCAGCAGCGAGCGCUCUCCUUCCCUGUGCAGCUCCGUCACCUUCCAGAUGCCCACCACCGUCAGACCUCCGCCCGCCUACAUUGCUGCAUCCGUAGCUUCGCAAACCGUUACCGACCACCAGAAUGCCCAGUUACGCGACGAAGAUGCAGACAACGACGAGCUGCAAAACGCCAUCUUCUCCGAGCAGGCAUUGGCCCUCCUCAAUGGCUUUCUCGACCAUCUUCUCUUCGCCUUUCUCUCUUCUGCCAAAGCACCGUCUCUGACAGCCAUCCGACCAGCUAUACUCGAUGUCCUCAAGCCGCGCCUUGCCCGCGAGGCCAUGGAAUACGCCGACGAGGAGCUACAGGGCUUGCUGGCUGCCGAGGAUGAUGAUGAGUCGCCUACACAAAACGGCAAGGCCAAUGGCGCAUGGGAUGUAGAAAAAGUGUGGAAGCGCACUCGCCUGCGCAUCAUGGUCUACACACGCUUGGGUGAAUUGGAGGAUGAAGACGAGGAAAGGUAUGUCCAGCAAGAGCGCGGGCUCAGCAUGGACGAGGACGAGGAUGAUGAAGCUGGCCUGGUGUCAUGGGCAGCUGCCAUCUUCCUGACCUCGGUCAUGGAGUUCAUCGCUGAACAGCUGCUCCUUGUCUCUGGAUCCGCAGCUUUUGCGCGCAUGGAGUCGCGGAUACAGAAGCUGUCCCAGCAAAUGGAGCAACACGAAGAACAGCCUAUAAUCGAACGCCUGACCAUAGAGGAGCCUGAUGUAGAGAAGAUUGCACUCAAUUCUGCUUUGGGAAGGCUUUGGAGGACGUGGAAGAAACGUGUGCGAUCUCCUAUUAUGCCCCUUACUCCCAUACGACGAAUGCGCUCCACCUCAAGUUACACGAGCUUGCCCAUGCGAAAGCCAAGCCGUGACACAAUCAACACGGUGCAUAGCGGUCACGAGCACCUGCCCGAGCACCAACCUACUGAGACGGAAAUUGCAGCCAACAUACCUCUUCCAAUUGGCAGCAAUGACAUCAAUGAAAUUGAAGUGCCUGGAUUGGCACCCACAUAUGAGGACGAGGACGAAAAUACAGACAAUGCACCAUACUCACAAGGACGGCGACCUUCGAGUGCUAUGAUUUCCUCUUCAGUCAUUCCAACCAAGAAGAGUAGGAAAGCGCGUCCUGUUUCUCUGCCCCUUUCGCAGUUACCAGCAUUCGUUGUUCCCACAGGGCCUGUUGAUGAAGAUGAGCAAUCCAUUCAUACUUCAAUUGAAAGCGAGCCAGCCGAUGAUGGAAUUCACGACGACUCGUCUAAGCACCAACACUCGGUGCCAUCUCCAAGAGACGAAUCGCACGAGGAUGACGCCUCGAUGGUGGCAUUUACAGCAGCUACUGGCCUGGGCUUCAGAAUGAGUACUCCCGAACCCGCUGACGUCCAGGGCAAGAACCCAGACGGCCUUGACGUGAUCAACGAUAUUAGCCCCAAGAGCGUGGGAAAGGUCAUGAGCUCCAAGAGAAUGUCCAUAGAACGGCCAGGGCCUCCGGGUUUGGUGCGCACUUUUUCAGCUCGUAGUUCUACCCGCACUUCGAGUAUCAAGUCUCCUCUACACACGCCUGCAUUGACGCCAAAAGCAACCACUCAUGCAGAAGGAAAAUCAUACCUAGACGACGAUUUAUCCGAAGAGGAGCCCGAAAAGCCCCAGGCAAUCGGUAUUGCCCGCACCGCCGAUAAUGCUAUCCGAUCAACAUCUACUACUCCAGACGAGAUGGCUCGUGAACCCAGCAGACCACCUGCUAGGGGAGCUUAUGUAGAAGUCCAGCCUCGCACUUCUACUCCGACUUCGCUGCAGAGUCACAACAAUUCUUCGCCGGAUGACAAGUAUGCGGGAGGAGAGCGUCUAAUUAUUCGAAAAGACAUUGGAAGAAAGUCACACAGCAAUGGAGAUGUCACAUCCAGCCCCAUUCAACACGAGAGUCCCACCAGUGCCCCACGGAGACAGGAUGGCCUUCGUUCCCCAUCCCUCGCCUCGUCGUUGCCUGCUUUGCAUGAGGUGGAGAGUAAUCCAACGCAGCCCGUGGAGAAGGCCGGCUCUCUAGGUAUGCGCAAAUCCAGCUCUCCCACUUACGAAGAAUCAAAACGCGACUCCACCUCAACAAAUCAUGACCCUCCCAUGCAAGUACCAGAUCGAAGACUGCAACGCAUAUCGACCGGAGAAUCUGUCCGCUCCCAGAGUGCACCUUCUGAAAAGUCCCCCUCAGAUAAUAUGUCAUUGAAGCGAGGCACUUCGACAUCUUCUUCUCUGAAGAAGCAGGUUGUCUACCCUGUGACUUCUAGCGGACGGGAUUCCGUUUCUAGCUACCGUUCGCGAGGCUUGAGUGGACGCAUGUCAGAAGAAGAUCGGACGCGUGAGUUUGACUCUUUGAUUAAAGGACAGGAGACGGUCAAGUUCACAUUGACGCCACAAAACAUGCGAGACCUUGAUUCUUACGGCACUGCAAACUUGCCCAACACGACUGCACCUAGGGCAAAGUCGUCCAAUGGGACCCACCACAGGCCAUCGCCUAGCCGCAGCGUAGUUACCAGACCGCUUGCAAGAGACCCAAAGAUCGAGUCAGAAUCAAUGCGCGACUUUGCCGACUUCAUCCGGUCAACUGGCCCUUCGCCUGGCCAGGAGAAGCCUGUGCAACCUUUUGUUAGCAUGAACGGACAGAAUCCAAGUUCGAAGCCUAGCAACAUCUCAUCGUCUUCACUCGGCCGGAAGCUAUCUACCAGACGAUCAUCUUCUGUAAACGGGACUUCUGCAAGAGCACGUGCCAACAUGGAGCCACGCAGUCCGGCAGGCCUGAGCACGGGCAAUGGCGACUUGAUUGACUUUAUCAGGCAAGGACCCCCGGAUGCGAACAAUGGGCAACCUAGAAUCCCUCGGAGUGUUGCCCCCUUCCGCAGCACCGUGGAUUCUGAUCAGUUUGACAGCAUGCUGGAAGGUCACGGCAAUGUUGAAUCAGCGUACGGCUCUGCAGCAUCAACGUUAGAAUCGAAGAACAGUGCCCAGACCAUCAAUUCUCGAACUGGUCUCAUCGCAUCCCCUGGUGUUGUGCAGCCGGCCUAUUCCAAUACGCCAAAGCAGCUGAGCGGAAGCAUGUCAGCCUCCAAUGAUGAGCCUCAAGUCACGCGAACGAGGCGGCGCAUCAAGGACCCAUAUGCGAUUGACUUUUCUGAUGAGGAGGAUGAUGAGGAUGAAGACGAAGAUCAGCUCACUGCACUUCCGCCUAGCGGAACGCAAACACCCAGACAGGCUCCGGCACAGCCACCGCGACAAGCUGCACCAAGACAGGAGAGUCUGAUGGAUUUCCUCAAUGCCAUGGAACCCCCAUCGGUCAGCAAACCUCAGCCUUUUAUGUUGAGUGAGGAGACCAUUGCUGCUGCACGCGCGCGUGCAAAUUCGUCGAAAUCGCAGCCAUACAAUGGCAAUGGUGGCGCGCAUCCUGGCUCUUUGACCUCAACAUCAAUCACUUCCGAUGCCGCACGUUCAUACAAACCUCGCCUCCAAGCAAGGGCACCCGCAUCUGGUGACGCCCGAGGUGGAGGUGCACGCACAGGCACGAGCGACCUAGCCGAUUUCCUCAUGAACUCUGGGCCGCCAGAGCCGCCAGUCACUCGUGCUGCGCCAGUCAAGGAAGAGAAGAAGAGCAGGAAGUUCUGGCGCAGCAAAAAGACAUAUGCCAACACCACGCACUCGCCCGCCGCACCUCGCGAGACACCGUUGGCGGUUCUUUUCCCUACUUCAACACAGCAAACAUCGAUUAUCCUCAAAUCGUGCAACGACCGGCUGAUUGCCGUCACGUCGUUUUCCGGCGGAACGAGUUUCGGCGGCGCACUCACGGCGAGCCGUAAUGGCGUAUGCGUUAGUUUUGAGCGCAUGAAAGAGAUUAUCGCAGUGCAUGAAGAUGAUAUGGAUGUUGUUGUGCAGCCGGGAUUGGGAUGGAUGGAGCUAAAUGAAAAGUUGGAAAGUAAGGGCUUGUUUUUUCCAGUCGAUCCUGCGCCUGGGGCGAAGAUUGGGGGGAUGAUAGCAAUGUCUUGCUCAGGCACAAACGCCUAUCGCUACGGCACCAUGAAAGAAAAUGUCAUUUCUCUGACUUGCGUGCUGGCAGAUGGCCGCAUAAUAAAAACUCAUAAUCGGCCUCGCAAAUCCUCUGCAGGAUACGACAUCACUCACCUUCUCAUUGGCUCCGAAGGCACUCUCGGACUCGUCACAGAAGCCGUGCUGCGCCUUUCCCUACUCCCCAAGAACCUGCACGUGGGUCUCGCCACGUUCCCUUCUUUCCAGUCCGGCGUGGAUUUCGUUGUCGAACUCCAGAAAACAGGGCACGUGCUGGAAGCCUUGGAGCUAGCAGACGGCCCGCAAAUGCAGUGCGUCAAUGUCUCGCGUCUAUCUAGCAUGGAGUGGGCUGAGAUUCCAACUCUGUUCUUCAAAAUCGCGGGACCGUCGAUCGAGCGUGUGUGGGAGCAACAGCGUAUCGUGGACGCGUUGUGUCGCAAGCAUUCCGCGGGUAGGUUCUACGUCGCAUCUCAAGAAAAAGAUGGUGAGAGCACAAGCGCUAUUUGGGCAGCGCGGAAAUGCAUGGGACAAGCACUUGUUUGUAUGAAGAAGAGUCCCUCGGACGUGUUUCUGCAUUCAGACUGCGCGGUUCCUAUAUCCAAACUUUCAGAUCUCGUUCAGGGCACGCAGUCACUCAUUUCCAAGGCUGCUGCUGCGACGGGGAACCAAGGAGGUUGGUUCUGCGCUAAUGUUGGACAUGUUGGGGAUGGCAAUGUGCAUUCUGCGAUUAUCUGUCCGGCAGCUGAUCGCCGGGCUGCAGAGGCGGUGUUGAGGGAUGUGGCGAGGUUGGCGCUGAGUCUUGAAGGUACAAUCACGGGAGAGCAUGGUGUUGGAUUGGAGUUGAGGGAUGCAUUAGAGGAAGAGGUUGGGAAGAGUGGGGUUGAGAGUAUGAGGGCGAUUAAGGUGGCGUGGGAUCAGAAGGGGAUAUUGAAUCCGGACAAGGUUUUUAGGCUCGAGGGCGGGAGGAUGGAGAAACUUUGA